AUGCCUCAUGCUGGGUACCGCCUGGUUAAGGGAACCUUGCAGUCCAGAGGAUUCAGAGUCCAGUGGGAGAGGGUGCGGGACUCCAUGCACCGUGUGGACAUUGUAGGCAUCCUUUUCCGAAUGAACCAGCUAGGGUGUGUUGUGCGUCGCACCUACUCAGUUCCUGGUCCCAAAUCCCUGAUGCACAUUGACACCAACCACAAGCUGAUUCGUGUUUGGGAGAUAAGGGAGCGGCCCACUGAACCAGUCUCUCGGGAGGAGCAGGAAGAGCACAUCGAUGUCCGUGACCAUGAUUACUGCUCAACCCCUGAACCAGCUUCACUGGACAUGUCCUCUCAAGCUACAGAAGACAACUCCAAAACAGUGGAGGAUCUGCAGAAGCAACUGCAGGAGUUAAGAGUCCAGCGAGAGUUUUGCUUACAGCGGUUUGCUGGCUCCGACGACAACAUCCGAUUCUAUACCAGAUUCCCGAGCUAUAACCACAUGAUGGCCUUCUGGUUUUUGAUUGAGCCUUCCAUUUAUAAAAUGGUUCGUGUUACAAGAGCGAUAUCAGCUGCCAAGAGGAAUGAAGAAGUGGUUACACACGCACGUCCAUCAACGAGACAGCUGCUUCAGCCAAUUGACGAGUUCUUCCUUUUUCUCUGCUUCCUGUCGGUGGGUUUGAAAGAGAGGGACCUUGCAAACCGCUUCAACGUACACCAGUCCACUGUGAGUCGCAUCAUUGCAACAUGGACGAGUUUUCUUACAACUUUAUUGGGGUCAGAGUGCAUCUGGCUUACACCUGCAGAAGUUCAAGUUCACCUCCCAGAGGCAUUCAAAGAUUUCCCAGACACACAGGUGAUCCUGGAUUGCACAGAGCUGAGGUGUCAAACACCAUCCUCACUCCUCCUCCAAAAACACAUGAUUGAGGGAUUGCCUCCUAAAAACAAUGACGGCUGA